AUGGACCUUUCGCAGUUCGACUUCCUGCGCCGGGCGGUGGAAGCCUUGGCUGUCGGGGCUUCCCUGGCGCUCCAGGCGGCGGCCUUGGCGUCCAUUGCCGAGCUGAACUGCGAGAUGAAGUUCUCGCCUCGCACAGCCGCCGUCUCUGCAGUGGAUGCUGUGCAGGACGCGGCGAACGGCGUCCUCACGAAGCUCCUGGACGCGCUUCCGCCGCCCAGCGACUCCUCAGCCUCGACGCCGCUGCGGCGCUGCCUCAACGACCGCCUCCAGGAGACGGCUUGCUUAGUGUUUGUUUGGGCACCAACAUUGAUCGCAGUACUCGGUUGGCAGCUUCUUUGCAACACAUGGUCUGCAUCAACAAGUGCGACGGUCCACUGUUUGUCUGCCCGGGAGGAUGCGAGAGACAGGUUGCCACAGGCCAGGGGUGUCAGUGUGCCUUUUUGCUACGGAGUUCUCAGCCUGGCCGUCUUCACACGUUCGAGGCGUCGACGCCGCUGGUACUCGGUUCCCGGUCGCCUCUUCAAUGCCACUGCGCGCGAAGUACUCUCCGCUGUGUCACUGGCCCAGUGUCCAGAGACAGGUCUUGCGUUCGUCGGCCCAUUCGCGAGCUACGCCACGCGAACGGGCACCGCAACCUCUGCGUUCACAUCGGGUGACCAGGCCAGGCGCCUUGUUUUGGGCCGACCCGAGAACCUGAACCCCGACACUUAA